UUUCACAAAUGUGGUUAUUACUCAAGAAAGUCAGCUUCCUCCUCCGAGUUGCCUCAUUGCUCUCGGUUCCUGCUUUUCAGCUCUUGUAAGGUUGUCGGACACAAACGACAGCUAUUACAGACGCUCCGUGUGCACUCACUGUAGCUCGAUGGCGGUAAAUCCGGCUAGGAAACUUCAAAACGAUCCUCCUAAUUACCUGAAUGUAGAGAAGCCAAAGAAAAUCUCUCCAUCGCCUGCCCGAGAUGCUCAGUACAGAGGAGCGUUCAGGCUGGCUGGAGUGUGCAUCGGUCUGAUGUGCAUCGUGCAGGGAACUCUCAACGUCGUCCUGAGGCUGUACCUUACGUCUCAGGUGGAUAUGGAGCUGUUAGCGAUGAGCUGUAGCAAUCACACACUGUCUAUAGACGCAGAGCAGCUCCAGAGCAGGUACAAUAACCUUGUUGAGGAGAACCGCCAGUUACAGACCAACUACGUCAAGCUGGGUGAAGUGAGAGAUCAGCUACGGAAGGAGAGAGAUGAACUCCAGAACAGACUUUCCAGCAUCGUUGCGGAUAUCGGAACGCCGGGGUGGACCUCCUUCAGGUCCAGUCUUUACUACAGGUCUACUGAGGAGAAGAGCUGGACUGAGAGCAGACAGGACUGCAGAGGCAGAGGAGCAGACCUGGUGAUCAUAAAAAGCAGAGAAGAACAGGAUUUCAUAGAGAUGCUAAGAAGAGGAAAGAGUGCUUGGAUUGGUUUGAGUGAUCGAGACACAGAGGGCGUGUGGAGAUGGGUGGACGGUACACCACUGACCACUGUCUUCUGGUGGACUCAGGAGCCCAAUAAUAAUCAAGGAAACGAGGACUGUGUUAUGACUGGUUAUGAUCCAGGAGACGGAAGAGAAGUAACAGAUAUCUUAAACACAUGGAAUGAUAAUUCAUGUUCUGCGAGUUCAUCUUGGAUAUGUGAGAAAGCGAUUUCCAUUAUCGGUUUCAGUGCUCCAGUGUUCCAGUACAUUAUGGCCUCUAGAGUGGAUAUGGAAAUUCAUAAUGAAGCCCUUCCGUUCCAGAACAUGGAGAGAGUGGACAAAACCAGCGUGAGAGAUGCUCAGUACAGAGGAGCGUUCUGGCUGACUGCACUGUGUCUGGGUCUGAUGUGUAUUCUUCAGGCGACUCUCAACCUCGUCCUGAGACUGCACUUUACGUCUCAGGUGGAUAUGGAGCUGUUAGCGAUGAGCUGUAGCAAUCACACACUGUCUAUAGACGCAGAGCAGCUCCAGAGCAGGUACAAUAACCUUGUUGAGGAGAACCGCCAGUUACAGACCAACUACGUCAAGCUGGGUGAAGUGAGAGAUCAGCUACGGAAGGAGAGAGAUGAACUCCAGAACAGACUUUCCAGCAUCGUUGCGGAUAUCGGAACGCCGGGGUGGACCUCCUUCAGAUCCAGUCUUUACUACAGGUCUACUGAGGAGAAGAGCUGGACUGAGAGCAGACAGGACUGCAGAGGCAGAGGAGCAGACCUGGUGAUCAUAAAAAGCAGAGAAGAACAGGAUUUCAUAGAGAUGCUAAGAAGAGGAAAGAGUGCUUGGAUUGGUUUGAGUGACGGAGACACAGAGGGCGUGUGGAGAUGGGUGGACGGUACACCACUGACCACUGUCUUCUGGUGGACUCAGGAGCCCAAUAAUAAUCAAGGAAACGAGGACUGUGUUAUGACUGGUUAUGAUCCAGGAGACAGAAGAGAAGUAACAGAUAUCUUAAACACAUGGAAUGAUAAUUCAUGUUCUGAGAGUUCAUCUUGGAUAUGUGAGAAAGCAAAAAUGUUUCAUUCAUUCAAGAAGGAGCUGAAGAGAGACGAUGACGAGGAUGUGACGGUGGUCAUCUAUACACUCGCAGACGAUUCUGAAGGCUACGACACCGUGACGGAGGACGCCAGGAUAAAGAGCAACCAACAAAUUCAACACACAGGAUGGAUGUAUGUUGGCUCCAGUCUUUACCACGUCUCUACUGAGGAGAAGAGAUGGGCUGAGAGCAGAGAGGACUGUAAAGAGAGAGGAGCAGACCUGGUGAUCAUAAACAGCAAAGAGGAACAGGAGUUCAUCAGUAAAAUCCUGAGCAGAAGAAAAGCUUGGAUUGGACUGAGUGACAGAGACAGAGAGGACGAGUGGAAGUGGGUGGACGGUACACCGCUGAACACUGGGUUCUGGGAACAUGGACAACCCAACAGUGCUGCAGGAAAUGAGGACUGUGUUGUAACUCAUGAUGACACUGAUCCUGUCUGGAACUGGUCUGAUUAUCCCUGUCAUCAUCAGUUUAUUUGGAUCUGUGAGAAGACAGACUUUAACGGAAUUGUUGUACGUGAAUGAAAAGCAGUAAACUAAAUGUACAUUUUUAUCUGCUUAAGUCAGUGAAAAAUCCUCAGUACUGUUAAUAACCCCACCCCCAAAUGAUCUUUUCUUAUUGCCACGUGUGAAAGCAGUCAGUAUCAAUAAGCAUACCAAUUAUUGCAUAUUCAAUAUAAGACAAUUAAGAACUACAUUUGAACAGUUAUUAAAUGAUCUGAAAUGAUGCAUUUAUAACUAUAUACAAAUAACUAUAUAUACAGUACAAGUAAUUAACACCAUUGUUCUCUCUCUCUCUCUCUC